AUGGACACUUCUCCCAGCAAUGAAGCUACCACGGUCAUUCUGCACCCUCUGCGGCCGCGGAUGUCUCUGACGCAGGGAGGCUGUUGGUUGGCGGUCAUCUGGAUAAUGGGCAGCUGUUUCUCUCUGCCACACGCCAUCUACCAACAACUCUUAACCUUCACUUACAGUAAAGACAGGGAACGCAGCCUUUGUGUGCCGGACUUCCCUGAACCCUCAGAAGUCUACUGGCAAUACAUCGACCUGCUGACCUUUGUGCUGCUGUACAUGCUUCCUCUCCUCAUCAUCACCGCCUCCUAUUCAACCGUGGCUCGACGUCUUUGGCGCCACAACGCAAUCGGGGACACCACCACAGCCCAGCAUGCCACACACAGACGGAAGAGGCGACGCACACUGGCUAUGCUGCUCCUAGUGGUUGGAGUGUUUGCCAUCUGCUGGUUUCCGCUCAACUGCUAUGUGGUGCUUUUGUCCAGCCAUGCUAUCCAAUCCUCCAACUUGCUGUAUUUCUGCUUUCACUGGCUGGCAAUGAGCUCUACUUGUUACAACCCGUUUAUCUAUUGCUGUUUGAAUCCCAUGUUCAGACAGGAGCUGCAGGUGCUUUUGGAUAUGUGCAAGCGAAGGAGACCCGAAGUUGGGUUGGAACCAGAGUGUCGGCCUGUAGAAGCAGUGGCUCCUCCGUGCCACAGAGCAGCCUGGCCCGAUAACAAUUCAUCCGGAUCCAGGCCAGUGCAGUCUCACGCUGGUCGGAGUUCCUCGCAGCAAAGCCACCCCUCCACAAGUCACCCUCAAACCCACAAAGAGACUCACGUGGUGUUCAGUGGCAGGGAAGCGCUCUCGGGCCGCUCAGACGUCCUCUCAGUGGAGCCCAUUGUAACUGUUACCUGGCUACAGAAGUAUAGUGCCGCUUGA